AUGGCAGGGGAUAUCUCAGCAUCCCAAGAUGUUGAAGUGGGAACCAUUCCCAUAAACGCCGAAGAGCAGCCUUCAGAGAAGAAAGUCGUACUCGAGAAUGAGAAAACCGAAAUCCUUGUCAACUGGGAUGGCCAAGAUGAUCCGGAAAAUCCUCAGAACUGGUCGACCAUGUUUAAGUCCUGGGUCACUCUACAGCUGAGUUUACUGGCUUUCUCUGCAAGCCUGGCUUCCAGUAUUAUUGCUCCAGCAAAUCGAACAAUAGCUGCGUACGUCGGCGUGGGCGAGGAGGUUGUUGUCCUCAAUGUCUCCCUCUACAUUGUUGGCUUCGCCUUCGGGCCCUUGAUCUGGGGGCCUUCAAGCGAAGUCUGGGGUCGGCGAUGGUCCAUGUUGCCGGCAAUGACAUGCCUGGCUUGCUUCUCGAUCGGUGCUGCUGUGAGCCAGAACGCUCCGUCAAUUUUCAUCACCCGUUUCUUCAGCGGCUUUUUCGGUUCGGCGGCGGUCAGCAAUGUCAAUGCUGCUUUGGGCGACAUUUGGUCUCGGGAAGCUCGCGGUACCGCAGUCUGCAUGUAUGGCAUGGCCGUCGUGGGAGGUCCGACUCUUGGACCAACAAUUGGCGCCGCCAUCCUUGUCAAUCCACAUAUGGGCUGGCGAUGGACUGGAUAUAUAACGGCUAUGCUCAAUUUCGCGAUUGUCGCUCUGACAUACUUCUUCAUGCCCGAGAUGUAUCCGCCGGUGAUUUUGAAAUGGAAGGCCCAGCGAAUGCGACGAGAGACUGGCAACGAUUCUUACUACCACCCCCAAGAAAGGAUCAAAGUCGACGUCAAGUCCAUCAUCACCAAGCAGCUGUCGCGACCUCUGAAGAUGCUCGUGACAGAGCCGAUGGUCACCUGUAUCGCAUUCUAUGCGUCGUUUGUAUAUGCAAUCCUCUACAUGACACUUCAAGUCUUUCCCAUCGUUUUCGAGGAGCAGCGACACUGGUCACCUGUUGUGGGUUCGCUCCCCUUCCUGGGCAUGUUCAUUGGAAUCGUUUGCGCCACCGGUGUCAAUCUUGGGAAUCAGCCUCGAUAUAUUCGAAAAUGUAGGGCCUCCAAUGGACGACCAGUCCCUGAAGCAAGGCUGCCGCCUUUAGCAAUCGGUGCUGUCAUGAUGGUGGUCGGUCUGUUCUGGUUUGCAUGGACUGCUGCUCCCAAUCACCCUUGGCCACUCCCUGUGGUUGCUGCCAUGUUUAUUGGUGGUGGGUUCAACGUCAUCUUUCAGCAAUGCAUCAACUACCUGGUCGACGUCUACGGUCUCUACGCCGCCAGUGCUACAGCUGCCAACACCUUCCUACGCAGCAUCCUUGCCGCAGGUCUCCCUUUGGCAGCACGACCCCUGUAUCAUUCGAUUGGAGUUGGCCCUGCGACGUCCAUACUUGGAGCUGUGGCUUCAAUCAUGCUCCCGGUGCCCUUCAUCUUCAUGAAGUAUGGUCUGACUCUUCGGAAGAGGUCAAACUUUGCGCCCGUACCGGAAUAG